UACUUUCCUUUAAAAGAGAAAACAAAAAUGCUGGGUUUUACUUUAUGACCUGAAUCAUGUGAUAAUGUAUUCAUAGAAUUCUAGUAUUUAUAAUGUUUCUUAGAGAUGGUGUGAUUACUUUUAAGUCAUUAGUGGAUAAUUUGUUAGCUCCUAAUAAUCAAAAGUAUAUUGCCUAUGUUUCACAUUUUAGAUUUCCUAAUGUAAUGUUCUCUUUUUAGAAAAGGUGGACAAGUCCUAUUUUCAAGAGAAGAUGACUUUUAACAAUUUUGAAGGAUCUAAAACUUGUGUACCUGCAGACAUCAAUAACGAUGAAGAAUUUGUAGAAGAGUUUAAUAGAUUAAAAACUUUUGCUAAUUUUCCAAGUAGUAGUCCUGUUUCAGCAUCAACGCUAGCACGAGCUGGUUUUCUGUAUACUGGGGAAGGAGACACCGUGCGGUGCUUUAGUUGUCAUGCAGCAGUAGAUAGAUGGCAAUAUGGAGACUCAGCAAUUGGAAGACACAGGAAAGUAUCCCCAAACUGCAGAUUUAUCAAUGGCUUUUAUUUUGAAAACAAUGCUGCACAGCCUACAUUUUCUGGUGUCCAAAAUGGUCAGUACAAAGCUGAAAACUAUCUGGGAAACAGAAAUCAUUUUGUUUUAGAAAGGCCACAUGAGACUCAUGCACAGUAUCUUUUGAGAACUGGACAGGUUGUAGAUUUAUCAGACACCGUAUACCCAAGGAACCCUGCCAUGUGUAGUGAAGAAGCUAGAUUAAAGUCAUUUCAGAACUGGCCAAACUAUGCCCACUUAACCCCAAGAGAGUUAGCUCGUGCUGGACUCUACUACACAGGUAUUGACGAUCAAGUACAGUGCUUUUGUUGUGGUGGGAAGUUGAAAAAUUGGGAACCUUGUGAUCGUGCAUGGUCAGAACACAGGCGACAUUUUCCUAAUUGCUUCUUUGUUUUGGGCCGGAAUAUGAAUAUGCAAAGUGAAUCCGAUAUCAUGAGUUCUGAUAGGAAUUUCCCAAAUUCAACAAAUGCUCCAAGAAAUCCAGCCAUGGCAGAUUACGAAGCACGGAUCAUUACAUUUGGGACGUGGAUGUACUCAAUUAACAAGGAGCAGCUUGCAAGAGCUGGAUUUUAUGCUUUAGGUGAAGGUGAUAAGGUAAAGUGUUUUCACUGUGGAGGAGGGCUAACUGAUUGGAAACCCACUGAAGACCCUUGGGAACAACAUGCUAAGUGGUUUCCAGGCUGUAAAUAUCUGUUAGAAGAGAAGGGACAAGAAUAUGUAAACAAUAUUCAUUUAACCCAUUCAAUUGAGGAGUCUCUGGUGGGAACUGCUGAAAAUGCACCAUUGUUAACUAAAAGAAUUGAUGAUACAAUAUUCCAAAAUCCUAUGGUACAAGAAGCUAUACGAAUGGGAUUCAGUUUCAAGGACAUUAAGAAAACAAUGGAGGGGAAAAUUCAGACAUCUGGGAGCAACUAUAAAUCACUUGAGGUUCUGGUUGCAGAUCUAGUGAAUGCUCAGAAAGACAAUACACAAGAUGAAUCAAGUCAGACUUCAUUACAGAAAGACAUUAGUACUGAAGAGCAGCUAAGGCUCCUGCAAGAGGAGAAGGUUUGCAAAAUCUGUAUGGAUAGAAAUAUUGCUGUCGUCUUUAUUCCUUGUGGACAUCUGGUCACUUGUAAACAGUGUGCUGAAGCAGUUGACAAGUGUCCCAUGUGCUACACAGUCAUUACUUUCAAGCAAAAAAUUUUCAUGUCGUAAUCUAACUACAGUAGGCGUCUUAUGUUCUUAUUACCCUGAUUGAAUGUGUGAUGUAAACCAACUUGAAGAAAUCAGCAUUGAAUUCCAUUAGCAUUUGCUGCAAAGUAGGAAGGAAAUGUAAGCUGCGAUGUUAUAGUUGGCAGUCUAAAAUUUGAAUUUCUGGAUUUUUCAGGAUGUUAACUGUAUUAGCUGUUCUAUUUUUUUCCCACUGUUAUUUAAUUGAAACCCUAGACUAAGAAGCAUCAUAUUGUAACUGAUCACAAUGUGUGUUUUAUAGUACACUGACUUAGUUAUCUAAAUGUAAGUGAAUUAAUCAAUUGAAUUUUUCAUUCAUUUUGGAUAGACUUAACAAAUAGAGCGUUCUGUAUGAAUGUGGAGAUUAGAGUUAAUCUCCCCAAUCACAUAAUUUGUUUUGUGUGAAAAAGGAGUGAACUGUUCCACACUGGUGGAAAGAUGGAGAUGAUUUUUAGAUGUUUGUGUUUUAGGAUUUUGUCCAUUUUCUUUUAAAUUAUAUGCAUGUACUUGGGUGGAUGAUUUUUUUUAAUGAUUUUGCCAUUGUUAAAAGGGUAUUUAAUGAUUGAAUACCAUUUAGCCUACAUGUACUGACAUAAAAAGACAUCAGAGGUAUAUCAAGUGGCAAAACACUAUGUGUAGAAUGAGCCAAGUGAAGGUGUGUGUAUUUUAUAUACAUAUAGAACAGAAGAUUGGAAAGAUAGGCACCAAACUGUUAAAUGUGGUUUCUCUUGAAAGGGGGUGGGGGGAUGGGACCCAGAGGGGCUUAUAAGGGCCUUUCACUUUCUACUUUUUUCAUUUUGUUCUGUUUGAAUUUUUUAUAAGUAUUAUUACUUUUGUAAUCAAAAUUUUUAGAAAGUAUUUUACUGAUUUAAAGGCUUAGGCAUGUUCAAACGCCUGCAAAACUACUUAUUGCUCAGCUUUAGUUUUCCUAAUCCAAGAAGGCAGGGCAGUUAACCUUUUUGGUGCCAAUGUGAAAUUUAAAUGUUUAUAUGUUUUUCCUGCUUUGUGGAUGAAAAAUAUUUCUGAGUGGUAGUUUUCUGACAGGUAGACCAUGUCUUCUCUUGUUUCAAAAUAAAUAUUCCUGAUUUUGUAAAAUGAAAUAUAAAAUAUGUCUCAGAUCUUCCAAUUAAUUAGUAAGGAUUCAUCUUUAAUCCUUGCUAGUUUAAGCCUGCCUAAGUCACUUUACUAAAAGAUCUUUGUUAACCCAGUAUUUUAAACAUCUGUCAGCUUAUGUAGGUAAAAGUAGAAGCAUGUUUGUACACUGCUUGUAGUUAUAGUAACAGCUUUCCAUGUUGAGAUUCUCAUAUCUUGUAUCUUAAAUUUCAUGUGAAUUUUUACCGUUAGGAUGCUUAAGAUGUAUAUAGGAUAAAAUGUCAAGUCUUCACCUAAGCUUUUUGUUUUCUUGUCUAGUAAUAGUAGCAGAUACUUCUGGAAUGUUCUCCCAAGAUCCUUAAAAACUUCUUGGAAACUAUAAAAUACUGACAAGAAAAGAAGAAUAGUUUUUUGAAUAUUAAAGAGAAAAUAAAGCUUGAGUAAGAAUCAAUAUAGGUUAAAAAGAUAAAAGUUUAAAAACGCCUCAUAGAACACCCAGGCAAAGAUCCUCACAACAACCUGUUGUAGAGGUGAGUGAGGCAUUUUACUGUAGAGAAAAGUUUGAGAGUAAAACUGUCAGUAGUUAUAUUUUUGUUGUAUUUUCUAAGAGAAAGAGUAUUGUUACGUUCUCUUAACAUCUGUUAAUUACUACUUUGAUAUUCAUUUAAAGCAUUACAAAUUUAAAUGAGAAUUUUUAAAGUCAAAUAAUGACCGUCCUGUUUUUGUUUUACUAUGUAAAUCCUCAGUUCUUUACUUUUGCACCUUCUUCAACUUAGAUUUAGUUAUAUAUUCAUUAAAAGUUAAAUUUUAUAUGUAUAAUCUAAGCUUUAAAUUUAAACAAAUUACAAGGGGAGAAAAGUGUUAAAGGUUUAAAAAUGUGUUUUCCAGGACACGUCAGCUCCAAGUCAGGUAGUUGGUUCAAUCUAGUUGUUGUCCAAGGACUGAAUUGCUUUAACAUAAGGUUUUCCAGUUCUGGGAGCCUCAGUUCUUUAAAACUCUUAAAACUUGUAUGUUUAGACUUAAGCAAGACCUUUUUUCUCCCCAUGAGUUGUGAAAUUUAAUGCAUGAAGCUGAUGUGGCUAACAAGUUUAUUUUAAGAAUUGUUUAGAAAUGCUGUUGCUUCAGGUUCUUAAAUCACUCAGCGCUCCAACUUCUAAUCAAAUUUUUAAAGACUUACCAAUAUUUGCCUGUGUUUGCACUGUGAAAAGCACUGGAUCCUUCCCAUCUCUUUGUGCAAAGAAUGAUCACUUGCAACGUCAAAAAUACAGCCAGAAAAAAAAAAUACAGCCAGAUCCAAAUCUCAGCCUCCCCCUUCCCAAAACUUCCUUUUCUGUAUAAAGUUCACUCUAAGAUUUCAAAGGCACCGCCUAUUUUACUACAUUUUAGUCAUGUGAAGAGUCAAGUUUUAUAAUAAAUAGUUGUCUUUAUUCAUAAUAAUCUGGUGUGCUGAUCAAAAGCCUUGUCUUAAUUUUUGAGAAAUGAGUUUAGUGUUUAUAAAUUCAAGUUUAUUAAGUAAUGGCUUUGUAUUACCUUCCCUCCUAGAUUUUCGUUUAUUUUCCCUUGGGUUAGGGGCUAAGAUGGAGUAGGGUGGGUGUAGUGAAUGUAUGUGAUGUGAUUUGGCCCUGUGUAUUACAGUCUUUUGUUGUUUUAUCACUUAAAUGUUGGUAGUUUUCUUCCUGGUUUUCAUUUUAGUGGGUAAAAUUGGUAUUUUGAAUGGAGACUACCACCACAGCAUUAGUUCCACGUAUUGUACCCUUUAGACUGAAAUCAUUGUUUUAUUUCCUGAUUACCCAGUUGGUUGAAUAUGGGGGAAAGGGGUGGAGGGAUUGGAGAAAUAGGAUAGGUUGUAUAUCAUUUCCAUUAGACAAAGAAGAAAAUGGGAUGGAAUAUUUGACAGAUAUGGUUUUUAGCCACAUCUGGUUUAGAAAAGAAGAAAAGAGGUAACCAUUUCUUCAUCUGUGAUUUGCAAAUAGUACCUGUCUUACAAAAUUAUAAGGGUUGAAGGAGACCGUAUGUGUAAAAUACUUGUUAUAAAUGUUAAUUCCCUUCCUGACACUUUUUUACCUUCCAUGGAUUUGCCUUGACUUUGGAAAUUAGAGCUAAAACUUAGAUAAUAACUCUUUCACUGACUCUUAAUUCAUCUUUCUCAUUGUUUGUCAUAGUUAAGAUGCAAAUUACACAAGUAGGUCAAAUCCUUAAAAAUAUUUAAAUUCCUUUUAUAAAAACUUGAAAUAAUAUUAUCAAAUUUAGUUGAGCUUUUCUAAUAGGAACAAUUGGCUUAGUCCCACUUUUAUAAUCAGUUCCAGUUUGACUUAGCACAAUGUGCAUUUCACUUUCAGCAUAACAGAAUCAUAGGAUGUCAGCUAGAAGUGACCUUAGAGAGUAUCUAAUUCAUCCCCCCCCUUUUUUUUUCUUUUCUUCUUUUUUUUUGGCAUUUAUUUAUAUUAGUUGGAGGCUAAUUACUUUACAAUAUUGUAGUGGUUUUUGCCAUACAAAGAUGAACCAUCUGAGGCUCAAAGGUGAAAUGAUUUGUUCAAAGCUACAUAGCUAAUUAGUGAUAGCCCAGACUGGGACAUAUUUUGACGGUGAAAAACUUCAAGCUACCUCUCUAGGGAGGUCUCAAAUGUUUAUUUUUUCAACUAUUCUUUGUUCUAUACCAUAACAUUCACUACAUAUUAAAUGACACUUUAUAACUAAUACAGUAGGACAAUCUUAAAUACAUAUGGCUUCAAAUUGUACAAUACUGCAUUAAUGUUUUGGUGGUAAGAUUCUAUUUUGAAGUCUAAAGUUUGCAGAAAUGCAUAUAGAUUUUGUUUCAUUUACUACAUUCUUCUUGUGUAUCAUUAAUUGUGUAUCAUUGUGUUUGUGUAUCAUUUAAAAUUACUAUGUAAGUAUAUUUUGUCAUUCUGUCUAUACUUAGCAACAAAUUUGCACUUUUUAUUUGAUGUAGCAAAGGCUUUAAUGUAAUUUUUGUUAGAAGAUUUUGCAUUACCUUUAUACUUUAUAUCUAACCUGACAGAGUGACUGACUCUUAUGUCGUUGUAAUACUGUUGUGAAUAAUCACGUGAAAUGUGUGAGAUAGAGUACUAUAUUUGUGAAUAUAAUUUUAUGGCUGUUUUCAUUUAGUAGAAACCUUUCCAUCAGUAUGGAAAACUAAGAAAAUUGCUUUCUACUGUAUAAUCUGCAGUCACCAUAGAUUAAAGCUUAUUUUUCUGUGAAUAAAAACUUAUCCAAUAAAGCACUAUUCUUUAAGAUGA